GUUCGGGGGGGGGACCACAGUGUUGAAUGUGCAGAGUAAAUGAGACCAUAAGUCAAGUCUGAAUGUGAUGGAUAACGCAACAGUUGUCUCUGUAUUUACUCUGUCAGGGUUGGACUUCACGGUCACCAACAGAGUUACUCUUUUUGUUGUCACUUUUAUAUGUUAUUUUUUCAUUUGGUUGGAGAAUAUGACGAUUAUUGUGACAGUCAUUGUCAACAAGAACCUCCAUGAGCCCAUGUACAUCUUCCUCUGUAAUCUGUGCAUUAACGGACUCUAUGGAACGGCAGGUUUUUGUCCAAAAUUUCUUAAAGAUCUUCUGUCUUCCACUCAUGUCAUUUCUUAUACUGGUUGUCUCCUGCAGGGGUUUGUGUUGCACUCUUCAUUAGUUGCAGAUUUGUCUCUCCUUUUGCUCAUGGCCUUUGACAGGUAUGUGGCAAUAUGUCAACCUCUGAACUACAACUCUGUGAUGACUAAAGAAAAAGUUGGCAUUUUUGUGUUUUUUGCUUGGUUCGUACCAUUUUAUUUGGUGUUAGUUGGAUCAAUAACAACAUCAUUAACAAGACUGUGUGGUUCCCAUAUACCAAGAAUAUACUGCAUUAAUUUAAUGGUUGGGAAAUUAGCGUGUACUGCCUCAAAAGCAUCAGUGAUUAUCCCUGCUUUUAACUACACUGUUUAUACUCUGCAUUUCCUUGUCAUCGUCUUCUCUUAUGCCUGUCUGAUUAAAAACUGCAUCACGUCUAGUGUGAACAGAAGCAAGUUCAUGCAAACAUGUCUGCCACAUUUAAUAUGCUUGUUUAUUUUCAUGUGGAGCGCAGGUCUCGACCUUUUGUACAUAAGAUUUGGAAAUGCAGACAUAUCACAAAGUUUUAAGAAUUUUAUGGCAAUUGCAUACAUUCUGAUUCCUCCGAUCCUGAAUCCCCUGAUCUACGGGUUGAAACUGACACAAAUACGUAAAAAGGUUGUGAAUUUGUUUUUCAUGUGAGAAAAAAAUGCAGGUAAUAAAUUCAUACAUACAUGCUGUGCUGUCAUACAGAUGGAAGUGUACAAAGUUUCACUUAAUUAUGUUCUCAUCCGCACAACAUUAAAUUUAAUGAAUGAAUAUUUAUACUGAGAUUUAUCUGAUUUCUUGUUGAAUGUUUUUUCUACAUGGACAGCAUUGUUCACACUGCACCUUUCUUAAAGUUGCUGAUAUGGUGUGCUUGUGUUGGCCUAGAGGAGUAAAUACACAGUUCCCAGCA